AUGGGCAUAGAAAACACAACCACUACUCUGGAUGCCAUCAACAAUGAGACUGUUGAUCUGGAAAAUAUUCCUAUCAAGGAAGUUUUCGAGAAUCUGAAAUGUACAGAAGAGGGACUCAACUCUUCAGAGGUUGAGAAACGUCUAAAUGUGUUUGGUCAUAACAAACUCGAAGAGAAAAAGGAGAGAAAAAUAUUGAAGUUCUUGGGAUUUAUGUGGAAUCCUCUUUCAUGGGUAAUGGAAGCAGCAGCACUCAUGGCUCUUUCUCUUCCACAUGGAAAGCACAAGAGAGUUGAUUACCAAGACUUUGUUGGAAUUAUUGCACUACUUAUCAUAAACUCAACAAUUAGUUUUGUAGAAGAGAAUAACGCUGGAAAUGCAGCUGCAGCUCUUAUGGCUCGGUUAGCUCCAAAAGCCAAGGUUUUGCGGAAUGGGAAAUGGAGUGAAGAGGAUGCAGCCGUGUUGGUUCCGGGAGACAUCAUUAGCAUAAAGCUCGGGGAUAUAAUUCCAGCUGAUGCACGUUUACUUAACGGUGAUCCAUUGAAAAUUGAUCAGUCUGCUCUUACAGGAGAGUCACUUCCAGUAACCAAAAAUCCUGGUGAUGGUGUAUACUCGGGGUCAACAUGUAAACAAGGUGAAAUAGAAGCUGUUGUUAUUGCUACCGGAGUUCACACUUUCUUUGGAAAGGCUGCUCAUCUCGUGGAAAAUACUACACAUGUUGGACAUUUUCAGAAGGUAUUAGCUUCAAUUGGUAACUUUUGCAUCUGCUCAAUUGCAAUUGGUAUGAUCAUUGAGCUCAUUGUAAUAUUUGGAGGGCAACAUCGACAUCCUCGUGAAGCCGUUGACAGCCUUCUUGUUCUGCUCAUUGGCGGAAUUCCCAUUGCAAUGCCAACAGUUCUCUCUGUAACUAUGGCAAUUGGCUCUCAUCGACUAUCUCAGCAGGGAGCUAUCACAAAAAGAAUGACAGCUAUAGAGGAGAUGGCUGGGAUGGAUGUCUUGUGCAGUGAUAAAACUGGCACUCUAACUUUAAACAAAUUAUCAGUAGACAAAAAUCUCAUUGAGGUUUUUGCCAAAGAUGUUGAAAAGGACAUGGUGGUUUUAAUGGCUGCAAGAGCUUCAAGGUUGGAGAACCAAGAUGCGAUUGAUACUGCAAUAGUAUCUAUGCUUGCUGACCCUAAGGAGGCACGAGCUGGUAUCACAGAGGUUCAUUUCCUUCCAUUCAAUCCAACUGAUAAGAGGACAGCUCUUACCUACCUAGACAGCGCUGGUAAAAUGCACAGAGUGAGCAAAGGUGCCCCAGAGCAGAUUUUGAACCUGGCAUGGAACAAAUCAGACAUUCAAAAUAGAGUGCACUCAGUGAUAGAUAAGUUUGCUGAGCGUGGGCUUCGAUCCCUUGCAGUCGCUCGCCAGGAAGUACCAGAAGGUACAAAGGACAGUCCUGGUGGCCUUUGGGAAUUUGUUGGUCUUCUCCCUCUCUUUGAUCCACCACGUCAUGACAGUGCUGAAACAAUCAGAAGAGCUCUCGAACUUGGAGUUAGUGUCAAGAUGAUUACAGGUGACCAGUUAGCUAUAGGUAAAGAAACUGGGAGACGUCUUGGAAUGGGUACAAACAUGUAUCCUUCAUCGUUUUUGCUUGCAGAACAAAAGGAUGCCUCAGCUGCAACCCUUCCAAUUGAAGAACUCAUUGAAAGUGCUGAUGGAUUUGCCGGUGUCUUUCCUGAGCACAAGUACGAAAUCGUGAGAAUCUUACAAAGCAGGAAGCACAUUUGUGGUAUGACUGGUGAUGGAGUCAAUGAUGCACCAGCACUGAAGAAAGCGGACAUAGGAAUUGCUGUUGCAGAUGCAACAGAUGCAGCUCGGGGUGCUUCAGAUAUAGUUCUGACGGAGCCUGGACUAAGUGUUAUUAUCCAUGCUGUUUUGACAAGCCGUGCCAUUUUCCAGAGAAUGAAAAACUACACAAUAUAUGCAGUGUCCAUCACAAUCCGUAUUGUGUUGGGAUUCAUGUUGCUGACUGCAUUUUGGAAAUUCAAUUUUCCCCCUUUUAUGGUCCUUGUCAUUGCUAUUCUUAAUGAUGGCACAAUCAUGACAAUAUCCAAGGACAGGGUCAAGCCAUCCCCACUUCCUGACAGUUGGAAGCUCAGCGAAAUCUUUGCAACAGGAAUUGUGAUAGGCAGUUACCUCGCCUUGAUGACCGCUUUAUUCUUCUAUUUAACUUUUGAGACCAGCUUCUUUGCGAAUGCAUUUCACGUGGAAGAUUUCAACAAACAUAUUCCAGCAAACAAGGUCAUCACUGAUUCUCUAAAUGCAAAACUAGCUUCAGCUGUAUAUCUCCAAGUUAGCACCAUCAGCCAAGCAUUGAUCUUUGUUACACGAUCAAGAGGGUGGUCAUUCAUGGAAAGGCCUGGACUUCUCCUUGUUGUUGCCUUUAUUGUUGCUCAGAUGGUUGCAACUUUUUUGUCGGCUAUGGCUACAUCAGUUAAAUUUGCGGGGAUUGAGAAGAUUGGAUGGAGAUGGACUGGUGUGAUUUGGUUGUUCAAUAUUAUUACCUACUUUCUGCUUGAUCCCAUCAAAUUUUCUGUUCGAUAUGCACUAAGUGGGAGAGCCUGGGGCUUACUACUGAACCAAAAAACGGCUUUCACCAACAGAAAGGACUUCGGUAAGGAAGCCCGCGAAGCAGCAUGGGCUGCUGAACAGAGGACAAUUCAUGGCCUUCAGUCCACGGAAACAAGAACACUUCCUGAGAACUACACUUUCAGGGAGAUCAGCGUUAUGGCUGAGGAAGCAAAAAGGCGUGCCGAUAUUGCAAGAUUGAGGGAACUUCACACACUGAAAGGGAGGGUAGAAUCAUUUGCCAAGCUUAGAGGAUUAGAUAUUGAUCAUGUCAAUCCACAUUACACAGUCUAAUGAGAGGAGAGUCCUCUGUGAAGCUGCAGAUGCCAUUCCCCUUUUUCUCAUUUAUGGAGUGCUUCGCUUUUAUUUAGUUUGCAUUUUUGGUUUCGAGUUUGUCAAUAAAACCGUGCUUUUCCAACAUUGUGUCUGCUGCAGCAAAGUGCAAGUUUGAGUUAUUCCCUUAAAUCUUCCCUUAAUUUAUUCCCUUAAUUCUUCCCUUAGUUCUUUUGAGAGUUCACAACAGCUUUGACAACAAGAAAGAAGGAUAAGAAGCACCAAAAAGAGAUUCAGUUAGGGAACCUCUCUACUAUGCUAUGCUGUAGACCUAACCAAAUGUUAAAGGAAUUUCGUGUGCAUGAAUAUUGGUUCUUGGAUUGAUGUAAUGAAGAUUCAUGGAA